GCUUGACCUUUGACCCAAUCAACAUGGCGAAUUUUAUUGUUGAAUUAUUUCUUGGCAAAUAUGCCGACCUUUUCGCCUUGAUUGGCGGGGUUGUGGCUACCUAUCUUGCUUUGAAAGGUUCAAUAGGAUUUCUGCAUUCCUUGCGAACAUUUGCUAUCAGUGCUAUGCCCGAUUUCAAGAAGUAUGGUGCCUGGGCAGUUGUGACUGGAGCUACAGAUGGAAUUGGGAAGGCUUAUGCUAAUCAGUUGGCCAAGCAAGGUCUCAAUAUUGUCUUGGUGAGCAGAUCUCCUGAUAAACUAGCUGAUGGCGCCAAGGAAAUAGAAUCAAAUCAUGGUGUUCAAACCAAGAUAAUUGCAGUAGAUUUUAGCAAGGGAAUAGAAAGUGGUAUCUAUAACACUAUAAAAGAGGGUAUCCAAGGUUUAGACAUUGGAGUUCUAGUUAACAAUGUUGGUAUGGGAUAUGUCUACCCCGAGGUGUUCAAUGAUAUUCCUGACUCUGAACAGAUGAUUAGCAAGAUGAUCCACUGCAAUAUGACCAGCUUAACUAUGAUGACCCGCCUUAUCCUCCCACAGAUGGAACAGAAGAAAAAAGGCAUUGUGAUCAACAUCUCGUCUGCUUCUGCGGCCCGUCCCACUCCCAUGCUGACUAUCUAUGCUGCUACUAAGGCAUAUGUUGACUUCUUCUCCAGAGGUCUCCAAGCGGAAUACUCGUCUAAAGGAAUCAUUGUACAGUGUGUAAUGCCCUAUUUUGUUGCUACAAAAAUGAGUGGAAUCAGAAGGUCUUCAUUCUUUGUUCCUGACCCCAACACAUAUGUCGCCAGUGCUCUUGCUACUGUGGGCAAGGAGAGUGUCACAUUUGGAUGCAAGGCUCAUGCUAUCCAGGAGUAUGUCAUAUCCUUUAUCCCAUCUGCAGUGCGUAGUUAUGUAACAAUGAUGAUGUUGAAAGGAGCAAAGUUCAGGUACCUGAGGAAGAAUGCCAAGAAAGAGUAGUUUGACCGUUUACGCCUACAAUAACUGGUUCGGGUUGUUAUCAACAGGCCUUCGGAAGGGAGUGUCAGGUUGAUGAGACUGAAUAGACUAGAGCCAUCCUAAUUUUGAUCAAAGUUUUUCUACAUGUUGUAAUCAGACAGGCAUCGUGCAUUGUUGGAAUCAUUGAAUAUACAUGUAGAUGAUUCCUAGGCCGGCUGCCAUGGUUCGUCACUACAGUGAUUUGACCUUGGUGGCCAAGUUUGAUGUGAGUUCUCCCCUGUCUGACGUCAUGGAAUUAGCCCCUAUCAUGGACGUUUCUACCAUUACGUCCUGGGAAUCAUCUAUACUUUGUAAUAUCGAGGGGCUUAACAUUUUUAUCUGUUGAUGGUGAAGGUUAUUCUUUAAUUUUGAUAAUGAUGGCUUGUGUUGUGAUUACUGCCUUCUGUAUCAAGUCAGAGCUUGCCAGUGCUGAAUCAUGAAUGUAUUAUAUCAUCUGUGGAUGAACUUUUUGACUGUCAUCAUGGUCCUGCACCAUCUCAAAAGUCAUUUCAUACAUGUGGCUUUACGACCUGCUGAUGUGAACUUGUGGCAGGGGUGGGUGAGUGGGUUAGAGUUUAACUUGCACUUGUGAUCGUGUACCAAUUUACUUAGCGAGCUAUAUUUAACAAAAUUAUCUUAUACUACUUUUCUGUACUUUCUUCUGUGUUUUUGUUUGAACUGAGUGCACUCGUAAUAAAACCAUACAUGAAAACCAAUGAAUUUGUUGGAGUGUAUGUUUGUCUCAUUGCUGUCAUAACUAACAAUAAAGUUUCAUCAGUUGGCGACUCCACUUAGCAUUACUAUGUGUUACAUUCCAUUUUCUUGAAAUACAUUAUGUGUACUACACUGUAUUGGUGUACUAAAAGGAGGAUGAUUUAUAAUAAAUUGGAUAAUCUCAACAAA